UCUCGCUCUCUCAAACACUUUACAGUCAAGACAAAACGGCGCAGUGAGCCGACAACACACCGCUUGACACUUUGCAUUUCUCAGCAGACGUCGUACUCUUGUACAAACUUGCAAUAAUAACUUACUAAACAAUGGCUGUAAUCCACCGCAGUCCAAAUCUACCACACUUUCCAAACCGGACACCACGGAAGCACCUCUGGAUGUGAGACAUCAUGGGAACGCUGCCAUUACACCUCCAGAACUAAACUGGGAACUUUUCUUUGUUGGAGAGACAGACUUUAGGAUGACAACUGAGUAGCCGAGAUUCUGUCGUCAAGAUGAACCCUUCCUCUCUGGACUGGUCCAUUCAGAGCGCCCUGUCGUCUCUUUUCCCUCCAUUUGAGGCUACCGCUCCUACUGUUCUCAGCCAACUCUUUCGCACCAUUGAGGAACGUUACCAUGGAGAUGCACUGCAGUGCCUGCUGAACUUCCUUAUCCCCGCCAAACAUAUCCUAGAGAGUGUGCAACAAGCUGCCUGUGCUGCAUACUCCGAUGUCCUAUUCCGGUGUGAGGGUUGGCCAUUGUGCUUGAGAGAUCGUGUGGUCAUCCAACUCGCCCCCAUCAACCCUUUACUGCUCCGACCUGGAGAUUUCUACUUGCAGGUGGAGUCUUUUGGCGAACAGUCAGCCCGAAUUGUCCUCAAAAGUCUUCUUGUGCAGGAAGACCUUCUUGGGCAGGAGAAUCUGGUACUGCAAGCAGGUUCCAGGGUGCUGGAUGGUCCUGCGAUUGAAGGGACACCAAUCGCGGAGACAUCCUAUCCAUGCAUAUUCACCGAGUCUUGGCUAAGGGAAAUAAAUGAGGGACGUCAUGGAAAUCCUCUAAGUCAGUGUGUGCUUUCCUCUGACCAGGGUGUUGUGAAGGUACCUUGGACCGAAGUUGCAAACCCGGAAUUCCUCGACAGGCCCAAAUCUAACAUCUGGCCUGAAACAAAGACAUGCUCAAUUGCGACUCUCCGUGUGACAGAUCUUAAAACUGAGAUUUCGGAGAACCUGUCACAGUCACCGGUACCUGUGGACUUCUUACCACUUGAGAUGGAAACUAGGAUCCUUCCAGCAAAAGAUGGGAUGGUGGUUGCUGUUCAGUUGGUGGAGGGUGGUAGCAGACUGGUGAAGGUUGAUCAAGGACAUCCAAUAAGCAGUUUUGCUGGAAAACCUGUUGGCUGGGUCUCUCCUAAUACCUGGGACAACAGGCACAACGGAGAGCUGGAAGGAGAAUAUGUGGACCUGUUGGAGUUUAACAAGGAGAAAGAGACUUUGGUAGCAAUCCCUACAAAACCAUCAGGUUUCAAGCUAGUCAGGACAGCCCAACCUGCUUCAAAAAGCAACGGUAGCGUGUCUGGUGAGGAUUGCAAUCCUUGCAUGCAAAACAAACAGCCAUUUGAGAUAAUGCAAAACGAUCCAGAAUCCAAAUGCAGGUAUCGUCAAUCGUAUGUGGCAGCUCUCCGAAACCCAGUGAAUUUUGAGAAAUCGAGUAUGCUGCCUUCUCUAGAUGAAACAAGGACAGAUGUAGAGGACCCAAGCUGUGAGGGAUAUGGAGUUGGCCAUAGACUUAAACCUUUGAGUUGUACAUUUGGCCAGACACCAAACCAAGCAGACAGAAACCCGAUGCAAUUCUUUGAGAACUCAGCCCAACAAAAGCAAAGCCCAAAGAACUCAACCCAGCCAAGUCAAAGUGUACCUCAUGACUGUGUUUCAAGGGAGAACGCAGAGUCUCUUGACCAACAUAUGACCCAACAGAUCCCAAGCAUGGUCCCAGCGAGACAACAACACAAGUCAUUCCUCACUGGGCAACAGGAUCAACAUCAGACUCCACUAGGGACUAAGGCUUUUCCCGACAAAAGACUUUACUGUCUGAACAACUCGUAUAGGCAAGAUUCAUUUCAGAUACGGAUUAGCAGCCAGAAGCACGCCAAAACCCAACACCUUCCCAAAAUGGGACUCAGGGCUUUACCUGACCACAGUGGUCACAGACAAGAUGCUAAUCAUUGUCUGCAAGGUUUCAAUCCAAUUCAGCAUUCACAAAACCAGCUAACACAGGCCUUUGAGCAAACACCUGCUCAAUUUCAGCCCCAGUGCAGUCAGAUCCUUUUCCAAAACGAGAACAGGCAUUUGGAUUGCAAAGUCCUCUGUGAUGACAGGCAUUGUGGAAGAGGCCCAGGUUCACCUGUACAGGUGAUCAAAGGUAAAAGCAGGUCUAAAUCCCGCUCAUACUCUUCAGUCUCGGAUACAACCAGAGACUGUCUGCAAUCACACAAGCCGACCAACAGAAGUCGCAGUGAUGUCUAUCCAGAGAUCAUCCCCAUGUUGCCUGCUAUCCAGGGAAUAAAACACACAGCUAAUUUGGUGUCCCCAAAAUUAAACAGACAACAAGAAGCAAGAAAGGAAGCCUACCCCUCUGGACAAGCUGGAUCUCCAGUUGUCAAUGGAGUAGAGCUUCAGAAAUCACACGCGGAUCCGUCUGAGAAUAGAGUUCAGGAAACACCAAUUUCCCAGGACCCCACAAUCAAGAGCGUUCUCCAGCUAGGCAUCAUCUGUCUGCCAGGCAGUCGUGACAGAGCUGGCCGGGCCGUGGUUGAGGUAUAUGGCGGCAGGAAAGGAUGGGCUUCCUCUCAACUCUCUUCUCUGGAGUUUUGCAGACUUCUGCUUUUCCUGCACUCCAUUCCCAGGACUGAGGUCAGAGACCUGGGACUCACUGUAGUGAUUGACAGCCGGAAAUGUCCUCUGCCCUCUGUGUUCUUCAGAUCACUGCUCAUGGUUCAGGAGCAGGCCCUUCAUGCAGUGCACACUAUCUUGAUGCUGGUCGAUAAAGAGGCUAAUCCUCGCCCAGAUAAACAUCCUGGUCUACAGAUAGAUGUUGUGACUUCACUAAAAGCUCUUCAUAAGACAGUUGACGGACAGCAGUUGACCUCUGACCUUGGCGGGAGCUUCCCUUACAGUCAUGAAGACUGGCUGCAGUUUCACCAGAAACUUUCCCUCUUUCAACUCGACCUUCAAGCAGCUUCUUCAUUACUACAGACUGCAAUCAGGAGACUGGAUGUUAAAAAAACGGACACUGCAAAGGAUGUCCAGUCCUGCAUCCAGGAGCAAAGGCGCUCCAUGAAGAUGGUGCUCGAGGACACCCGAUUGGUCGGUCUGCAACGAGAGGGCGGGUCUAUUCUCGCCAGGAUGAGGAAGGAGGAGUCUCGAUUCGCUCAGUCUGAAGACUUCAGGGACUCUCUGGAGUCUGUGACGUGUCUAUAUAACCAGGUGGAAGAGGCCGUCCACGCGCUAGUGAUGAAAUCCAACCAGUCGCUGCGACAUCUCGAACACGUUCUCCUGCUGAGAGAAACAGAAGACUCGCUCGCCACAAUCCAAACAUGGUGUGAUGAAGAGGAAGAGUCAUGGCAGAAGGACAACGACGGCACAGAGAAAAGCCUGCAGGAAAUAGAGCGGAGACUCCAAGACAUUCAGUCUGUUCUUAUACAAGCAAAGGAAAAAAAAGUAAAAGCGAUGUUGUUGAUAAAGGAAGUGGAGAGAAAAAGCAAAGGAUUGCAUUAUCCUGAAAGUGACGUUUUUCGUUGUAACACAGUCACUUUCAAAACCCAGAUGACGGGGUUUCUCCUGAAGGCUGAGGAGCGUAAAUCUGAGCUGGAGGCGUCUCUGGAUCUGUACCGUUUCUGUGAAGAGGCCUCAUCUCUUGUUAAAGAGUGUAUGGAGUAUUUAGAUCAUAUAAAGAACACAAACCCUCCCAUGUGUGCCUGCUUGAGUACGCUGAAGGCUUUUGAGGAGCGUUUGAAGGACUUCUCCCCCCAACACUUUCAGGACAGGAGUGCUGCGCUGCCGGACGGGUCAUGGAUGUGGAAUGCAGUCCGGGCUCAAUGCCGAGACAUCACACAGAGACUCGCGGAGAUACUGCAGGCCUCUUAUAGAAGUCAAAUCCCUCCGGGAACGCCAGGAAAGGAAAGCGAGGCCCACUUGAAAGGUCCGACCCAGAGCGUAAUUAGCACUAGCCUUAGAGAAAAUGAAGGCGACCCCCAAACAAACCCUGUUGGCGGUCAUGUGGAGACCAGAAAUAGAGAUGAUAAUGAGACAGUGACGCAUUUCGAGCCUGUUAGGAGAAACACGUCAUCAAAUUGUGAUCCGAUAAUGACUGAAAACACACACAGAGAAUCUGCACUGAUGAAUCAGCAUUUCUGCAAAAGUGAAGGCGAAGUUUCCUCGUUACACAAUGGUCCGGUCAAAAAAUUAAGUAGGCGUCCUCGGGUAUACUCUCACAGCGACUGUGAUCUCAGAAAGUCAGGCCAUGUCAAUAAGAAUGACCGCUUGCCACAUCAUAAAGGCCUAGUCCGCUCGCAUAGCGAAGGCUUUUGCUCACGAUCCACUAGGUAUGAUUCUAUGAGCAAAGGCAAUGCUGCGAAUAAUAAGAGGACAUCUGCAGAUUCCUGUCGAGAGAGGAUCAUUGGCUCAGACAGAGCAUCAUGGGAUGAACGGAGCUCGCACCACGACAGCAUCUGUUCAAGCCAAAGCGACAUACAUGAGAAGUUCAGCCGUGACACCAAAUCUGCAGCGACACACUCAGAUCAUCCAGAGUCUGUGCCGACACUGGAAAACAGCAGCACUGCACUUAAACUGCAGCACAUCAUGGAGGAGCUGCUCCAGACGGAGAGAGAGUACGUGCGAGCGCUGGGGUACGUGGUGGACCACUACAUCCCAGAGCUGGAGCGUCCCGACGUGCCUCAGGACCUGCGGGGACAGAGAGCGAGCAUCUUUGGAAACCUGGAGAAGCUGCGAGACUUCCACCAGCAUCACUUUCUUCAGGAACUGGAGCUGUGUGUGAAGGAGCCCUUCUGUGUCGGACGCUGCUUCGUAAAACACAAGGAAAACUUCGGCCUGUACGCGUUAUACAGCAAGAACAAGCCGCGCUCGGAGAGGAUGCUCAUCGAACACGGGAAGGGCUUCUUCAAGCAGAAACAGCAGCUGCUGUGUGACGCGCUGGAUCUGUCCUCGUACCUGCUGAAGCCCGUGCAGCGCAUCAGUAAGUACAGUCUUCUGCUUCAGGAGCUUCUGCGCGAGGCCGAGUCCGGUGCGCAUGCGGCCCGACACCGGCUGGAGAUCCAGACCGCGCUGCACAUCGUCCAGUUCCAGCUGCGCCACGGGAACAACCUGCUCGCCAUGGACGACAUUCAGGACUGCGAUGUGAAUCUGAAGGAACAGGGCCAGCUGAUCCGUCAGGAUGAGUUCCUGUUGACCUUCAGGAAGAAGAAAUGCUACCGUCACAUUUUUCUCUUCCAAGACCUCAUCCUCUUCAGCAAGACACGCAGAACUGACAUCGGGAAUGACACGUACAUCUACAAACAAUCCUUCAAGACCUCAGACAUCGGUAUGACACGUAACUCUGGGGACAGCGGCCUGUGUUUUGAGAUCUGGUUUCGGAGAAGGAAGUCACAGGACACGUACGUACUUCAGGCACAGAGUCGAGAAGUGAAGGAAAACUGGACCAGAGACCUGGAGAGGAUUCUGUGGGAACAAGCCGUUCACAACAGAGAGAUCCGGAUGCAGGAGAGGGUGUUCAUGGGAAUCGGACAUAAACCCUUCAUGGAUAUCCAGCCCAGUGACAUGGCCAUCAACGACCGAGCCAUCAACUGUGCUCUCACAGGACGAGGUGUUCCUGUUCUCCGGUUGAACUCUGUUGGCUCGGCCAGCUGUACGUCCUCUUCUGGGAGCCACUCGUCCUCCUCGUCUGGGUGGGGAUCCCCGUCUCCCGUGGGCCGUCCUGGCAGUGGAGGAGAUGUUGUCCGGUUCGCACAUGGGGCUUCGGGGAUCCUGGAGGAAGAUGAUUUAGACCAGGAGAGUGGAAACCAGAGUGCUCUUGUGGAGAGUUCAGAGUCCUCAGGAGAAAGUGUGAGCUGCUUCAGCAGUUCCGGCCACAGCUGCCCUUCUGUGAUUGGUGGAGACUGUGAACACGCCCCCUCCCAGAUGCCCGUCAUUGGCCCGAAAAAACAGGAAUGCAACGUUGAACCCACUAACCUACCAGGCCAAACCAGGGACCAGCCAUGCUCUAACGUUCAAGACACAAGCAUCAUAGGAAAGUCCACUGAAGUAUAGCCCAUCAUGUAUGUUUAUGCAUUAUAUAUGGAACACUAUCAAUCCUGUGGAACUCUAAAAUAAGUUUAUUUUUAUUUAUUUAUUUUGGUGGGACUGAGUAACAUUGGCUAAUUCAACUAACUCUUAAUGGUUAAACCUACAAACCUGUGUUUUACUGUUUUUUUAACUCAUUUUUUUCUGUUUCAAAUUAGCUUUGUUGUAGAGGCAAUAAAACAAAAACAGAUGUGUAAUCUUUAAAGAAAAGU